UACACCGUGUCGUAAACGUUUGCCAAGUUGAGAGGUCAAACUGUUAAACAUGGCUGUAUUUUUCUCUGCUCUAAAACAUGUUUUGAAACAGAAGAAGAAGAAAAAAUAAUAUUAUUGUAUUUACUGUUGUAUUUUCGUACUUGUAUUUGUCUUUUUUCAAGCGCCAUUGUGGCUCAGAAAUGCAUUUUACGGCCUUUUGCAAUGAACCAAAAUGGAAGCCGUAAUUGGUACCGAAAUGCUUUACUGCAUCUUGCCGAUGAUCCUGUGGGAUCCUACAGUGGAAAUUCACGCUAGUGGGAAGUUUGAGAAUUCAUCUACAUUUUGCGCUUUUAAGUUCUCGGGCGAAUGAAUGUACUGUGAGAUUGAAGUUUAAACGCUUAUAUGAGAAGCAAAGGACAUCUAAUCCAACAUAAGUGGCUAGCUCAGGUUAAUUAACGUUACAUGGAUAUGAAAUUCAUUAGUUAGCUAGCUAGAGGCUUAGCCUAGCUUUAUAGAAGCGUUGUAUUUUGCCUUUAACGUUACCUAUAGUUAGCAUCACCAUUGUAGAUCUUUUACAUCAGCUCUGAAAAUGGCCAUUAAACUGACUACUCAGGCGUACUGUAAAAUGUUACUACAUGCUGCCAAAUACCCUCACUGCGCUGUGAACGGACUUUUUGUCGCCGAAAGGCAGAAGGAGAAGAAAAAGGACAGUCACAAUGUUCCAGUCUUAUGUGUGGAUUGUGUUCCUCUUUUCCAUGGCACCCUUGCUUUAGCACCUAUGUUGGAAGUAGCGCUGACACUGAUUGACACAUGGUGCAAAGAGAACAAAUAUGUCAUAGCAGGUUACUACCAGUCUAAUGAACGCACGAAAGACUCGAGACCAAAUCAGGUGGCUGAAAAGGUAACUUCAAGGAUUUCAGAGAACUUCAAUGAAGCUGUCAUGAUUAUUGUGGACAACAGCCGGUUCACCAUGGGAUGCUUUGAACCCAUUGUAAAUAUCUUUGAUCAUCAUGAAAACAAGUGGAAGAGCAGGGAUGCAACUGUUGAUUCUUUUGAGGACUGGGAGGAAGCCCAGAGGAUUACCUCAACACUGCUGGACAGCAGAUCUUACGAGAGCCUGGUAGACUUCGAUAACCAUCUGGAUGACCUCAGGAACGAUUGGACAAACCCUGAAAUUAACAAGUCCGUCCUACAUCUUUGCUAAAAUGCCUUUCUUCAGUGACCUGCAGCAAAGCCAUCAAUGCCAAAUAAAAGGGGACCCCUCUGUGCUAUGGAGUUUGUUCCUGGCAAUUCUGUGAAUGCUCAUAGGAGGAUUUUUUUUCUAAAUGAUUAAUAGACAAAGCUUGGAAUGGUGCACUACCAGUUGGAGUCACAUGUGAUAGAGUCCCCCCCCCCCCUUUUUUUUGUGUUCUAAAGUACAGUACCUGAAACAUUAAGAUUUUCAGACUGUGCUUGAAUAUGCACAUUUGGUAGGGCAUAAUGAUGAGGCCUAUUUUCAUUUUUGUUUGUUUGUUGUUAAAUUAUAAUAAAUGUCUUUUCAGUUUCUUCAAAAUUAUAGUACAGAGCCAUUCAAUUGUGCUGCAGGGGUGUAAUUAAAAUGUAUCGAAAUUAACUUUAUAGAUAACUGUUUUAAGUCUUAAUAUAUAUUGUUGUUUCAAAUAUUUUCCUUGUUUACCCUUAGUUAUGACGUAGACUGAUACUUUAUCAAGGAACACACCUUGAUUUUUAAUGUAAUAUCUUUGGUUGAUCUGCAAAUUUGAAGUAUGUGUUAUCACAACACUGAAUUGAAACAGCUGGCUUCAUGAACUUGGAAAUAAAUAAAAUAAAUGUUUGUAAAAAGGGAUUUGAAUGAAUGUAAAAUAAAACAUUUUGAGAUAAA